ACAAGGAGACGGGGGACACACACAGUAGUUGUGGACCGGCUGAAGACUUGGCGAUUGCUCAUCAGCCUUCUGUGACUCAGCCUUUAAUGCGUGUCCAAGCAGAAUGGAUUUCAUUUCGUUUCAGCAGCCUCUGAGCUCAAGCAGCAGCUCUGUGGAGGAUUGUCUCUCCUUUUGGAUUAUAUCUGAAAAAGCUGCCGGAGUAAUGAAUAGGAGACCCAGCGAGCAGAAAGGAAGAUGAACCUUGAUUCCGUGGAAGGAUCGAUCCAGAACCUCCUUUCUGCAUUGUACCCCCCCUAUGAAGCCACCGCCCCUACUCUCCUCUGCCAGCUCUUUCAAAUCAUUGAUGGCCGCUAUCAAAGAGAUGCCCUGCGGUGUUUUUUGGACUUCCUGGUACCUGCCAAGCACAUUUUAGAUACCGUGCAGCAGGCUGCAUGUGCUCAAUACUCCAAUGUGCUCUUCCUCUGUGAGGGCUGGCCUCUUUGUUUACGUGAUCAAGUUGUCGUCCAACUUGCUCCGAUCAACCCUUCCCUUCUUCAGCCCGGCGACUUUUACCUUCAGGUGACUCCAUUCUGUGACCAAUCAGCUCGCAUUGUGGUCUGCAGCCUACUGAAAGAGGAGGGACUUACUGUGGGGGUCGUAGAGGAGACCCCGGUUCCUGAAACAUCCUAUCCUUGUAUAUUUAGCUCUGGCUGGUUGGAUGAGCUUAACCAGGACCGCCAAGGGGCGCCUCUCAGACAGUGCUUGGUCGCCACUGAACGAGGCGUGGUGAGGUUGCCAUGGGAACGGGUGGCUGUACCUGAUUUUGUGGAGCGGGCACAUUGUGCUGGGAGUAGCAUGGCCUCUGCUCCUCCAUCACAUUUACCUUUAACUCCUCCACCUCUUCCUGAUUUUUCCGAUACGUCCUCAUCAAAUAGUUUCUUUCCUCUUUCUACUUCAAAGGAAUCUGGACCAGAAUAUAAUCCUGUGACUAUUCAGAAUUCAGUUUUAACAUCUUCCCCACAUCCAGCGGCCUUCUCUGUGGAGACCAGGAUAUGUCCUGCGAAGCAUGGCAUUGCUGUGUCACUUUGCCUGGUGGAUACUAGAACUUCCUCUUCAUCACAGGUGGUAAAAGUUAAAGGAACUGAAACAGAGCAUAAGCCAAUAGGGUGGGUGUCUCCGAAUACAUGGGACAGCCGCUUUACUGGGACAAAUCAAAACCCAGCUGCAAAAACAGAAAAAUCCAACCUUUCAGAUGGUAAUAUAAUUGACUUAAAAGGUGGGAUUAAAUGUGUUAUAGUUUCUAAAAAUACAUUGCAAGACAAACAGAAAGACUCUAAAGCAUACAGCAUGAGCAGAGAUGAGCCAGCAGCUGUUGCAACAGGGGAAUAUAUUGAUAUUCUGCAGGCCAAAAUGCUUUUUGAUAAAGAUCAGUCAAUAACGGAAGAACAUCAAAGCAUUCAAAUACAAACUGAAGUACACAGAAAUCCAAAUUGGCAAAGUCAGCCAGUCAUGCAAGCACCAUUCAGGACACAAUCAGAAGUGAAUUCACAGACAAAAUCCCAAGACAUGUCUGGAGACACAGGACUUUCAUUUGUUCAUGAUGAUUCCCUUAAACAACAGCCUUUUUUCGACUCCCUGAACCCCCGUCUUUGUGUCCGCACUGUGCGCUUUGCAGAGAAGCCCUGCACCCCGUGCAUGGCAAGAAGACAGGGGGGAAACGUCACCAAAACUCAAGAGCUGAGAUGUCGAUACAGAGACUCAUACCAGGCUGCUCUACAGAACCCCGUCACCUUUGGGGCUGAGAAUAACAGAGGGAAUAUGUUAGCGGUGGUGGAGGAGGAUACGGAUACCUCACAGCGUGGGGACAAAGUACAACCACCGAGGGCUGAGGAUCCACGGAGAGAUUAUCAAGAUACAAGAUUUGAUUCUGGAAGGUGUAAUCAGUCUCAUUUACUAGUAAGUGAAGACAUUUGUGAGGAGUCAGGAGAAAUAAACAGUGUUCCAUGCAGUAAACAAAAAGAUAUAAGUAUCGCACCCUAUACUGAUGGCAGAGUACAAUCUGACAAAUGUUUUGGCUACUUACACAGAGUGAACUCAACAAAUCCAACAUUAGAAGUAAGUACACACACUACGAACGUUAUGUCAACUAUCAACGGUUCCAGGUACUCGGGUGAUGCCAAUAAACAGCAUGGAUCAACGUUUAAUUCAACUGAAACAUCUGGGAUCCACAUGCCUUUCUGUCAUCAUGAAAGUCUCCAGCACAGAACCGGUUCGACAGCUAUGCCUCCCAACUAUGUGUCUACCGCAGCACCACAAAACAGACAAGACACCCACGCAGACAAAAGAUGUUCGUCUCUCUCCACAGCAGUGGUGGACACGUCAGAAAAGUGUGAACUAAUCAUUGUCGAAGGCCAAAAUGUCCGAAGAAAAGAAAACUCAAACUCUCGAACAGAGAUUCCCCAGCUGCAUGUAGUCAAAUGUAAAAAUAGCACGGCCUUCAGACUGGUUUCACCCAAGAUCAACAGAAAGAAAAACGUAAUUUCAGUUGCAGAGCAGCUUGACACCAAAAGAAUCAAUCACCAAGAAACAGAGAACCGAUUCCAGAUGAACCCAUCACCCUUGGCAGAGACACACAGGAACUCUCAACAAGUGUCUGCUCGACCCAGACCGCACUUCCUCCCCCUGGGAUCACCGGACCCCAAAGCCCAUCCCGUUUAUUUAGGGUUAUCCUAUCUCACAGGCUGCAGAGACAGGAUAGGCAGGGCAAUAAUUGAACUCUAUGGACACCAUCGGGGAUGGGAAUCAACAGUAACGAGCCACGAGCUUUUCCAGAUGCUGCUCUACUUCUAUUCUAUCACAAGAAAAGAAAUUAGAGAAGCUGGAAUGACGCUAAUAUUCGAUGCUAGAAGGAAAAAUCCUCAACCACAGUUCUACAAGGCUUUGAUGGCCCUUCAUGAGUGGUCACCCCGUGCAGUGAAUAGUUUGGUACUGCUGGUGGACAAACAUAACAACCAUCAGCCAGAAAGAUGUCCUGGAAUCCAGACUGAUUUGGUGACAUCAAUGAAAGCAUUACUCAAGCUGGUGGAGGUGAAUCAGCUGAGCUCCAGUUUGGACGGCACAGCUCAUGGCUACUGUGACUGGUUAGAGCUGCACCAGAGACUUUUCCCUUUUGUUAACAACCUCCAAGAAGCUUCCAGCUUGCUGCUGAGAGCCAUCAGUAAGUUAGAGGAACUGCAGAUGACAGAGACUGUGCAGGCUGUGCAGCAAUGCAUGAUGGACCGGAGGACUCUGAUGAGGGACGUCUUGGCGGACAGUCGAUUGGUCAGCCUGCAGAGGGACGGCGGGGCCAUCUUGGCUAGGCUACGGAAGGAGAGUGACUUGAAAUAUCCUCACUGUGAGGACCUCAGUGAUGCAGUGGACUCAGUAACCAGUCUGUACAACUAUGUAGAGGAGCAGGCUCACAUCCUCGUGCAGCGGACGAAUGCAUCACUGGAACACCUGGAAUACCUGCUCCAGCUCAGGGAAAUGGAGGAACUCUUCCUGCAGAUUCAGCAAUGGUUUCGUGUAGAGGGAGAGCGCCACCUGCUGGAGGUCAAAUCAGUUGAGGACUCUGGAGACAGAAUGGAGCAAAUUCUCAAUAGCUUCACUGGUUUCCUAAUUGAAGCUAAUGACCGCAGGCACCACGCCAUGUCCAUAGUGUCAGAAGCAGAGAGACUGCAGCAGAGUGGACUCUCCUACACAGAGACAGGGGUCUUCAGGGCUCUCAUCUGCACCUUUAAAUCAGACCUGGAGGAUUUCUUGUGCAGGGCAGAGGCAUGUGGCAGAGAGCUGCAGAAUAUGGUCAACUUGUGUGAUUUUUGUCGGCAGGCUGUGGAGCUGGCCAAUGAAUGCACUGAAUAUCUGAACCUUACCGAAGCCAGAAAUCACACAAUCCAAGCAUCUGAAAGUGCCUCAUGGGUAGGCCAAACAAACUCUCAGUUGUUACAGAACCAAAGCAAAGACACCUGCCCAAACACAUCUCUUUGCCAGUCCGAUGUCCAGGCCUCUCCUGACAGACAAAUUCUCCAGUCUUUCCAAGAAAGGUUCCUCCACUUCAGCUCAGAAACAUUCCAAGAAAUGAAGGUCCAGGCCAGCUCCCUGCAGGGCUCUCAAGGGAUGCAUGUGUGGAAUGCUGCCUGGCUGAGAUUUCAUGUGGCUCAGAAGCAGCUCCAGGAGAGGAUGAAGGGGCUGGAUAAAAUUUGCCACCAACAAAAAGAUCCCUGCAGCAGUUGUGAGGGUCAUUUUGUGGAUGUGGUGAGUACCAACGUUCAGACAGCUUCUCCUGGCGGCCAAAGAUUGGUGGUACAGUCAACCCCUGGGCCUCAGCAUCCUCAGAGAGAGGGCAUCUUGCCAGGUGCAGAGGCUUUAGGUAAAAGGAAGCCGUUUCUGGACAGCAAUAGCCCUAAUUCAAUGACUGGAGGCUGCAGUAACAUUAUCAUCAAACCAGAAGGUAACAUUGAUGCUGGAACAAACCGGAUAUCAAAGGGCCCGCAGCAUUCACCUCACAGGUCAGCCAGGAAAACAGAAAGAGAGGCAAGGAAGAGACAGACAGGCACAGCCAGAAGUGAGAGGGAUGCUGCUGCUUUAUCUCAGUCCCACCCUGUUGGCUGUCAGUGGUUUCCAUGGAGACGGGGUCUUGCACCGAGGUCGGUGAGCCAGGACUCGAGCACCACUCAAACCCCAACUUCUGACUCCACACCUGGAGAGCAGGGGGCUCGACCACCGUCAUGCUGCUCCCACCACGGCCAACCAUCCUGCCGAAUAUUGCAGGAAGCUCAGAAGUUCCAGAUCUCCCGCCACGGGAGCUUCUGCUCAGACAACUCCUGCGUGAGCGACUGUGGGCCUGCGGGGGGUAAUGGGGCCGAAUGCUGUAAACACUCCAGUCUACCUCAAGAGAGAUAUGGGAGAGCGUUUUGUUUGUCAGGUCCACAGGAGAAUGCCAGCAGUGCUCUGAGGCUGCAGCAUGUCAUGGAGGAGCUGGUGUUUACAGAGAGGGAGUAUGUGCGCUCACUGGGUUACAUUCUGACUCACUACCUCCCCCUGAUGGAAAGGUUGGACAUUCCUCAGGAUCUCAGAGGCAAGCGAGGGGUUAUCUUUGGCAACCUGGAGAAGGUUUAUGACUUCCACAGCCACUAUUUCCUGCCAGAGCUGGAGGCCUGCGAGAGGCAGCCUGCCAUGGUAGCUCGCUGCUUUCUCAGACAUGGUGAGAGUUUUGGCCUGUAUGCCUUGUACAGCAAGAACAAGCCUCAGUCAGAUGCUCUGAUUCUUCAUCGUCGCCAUGACAUCUUCAAGAAGAAGCAGCAGGAGCUCGGGGACUUGAUGGACCUUUCUUCUUACCUACUCAGGCCCAUCCAAAGGAUCAGCAAGUACAGCCUCCUGCUGCAAGAUAUGCUGGCCUUGGUCGGAUCGUGCAAAUCAAAACAGCACAAUACUGCUGUGUGCACACAUGGUGUGAGCAGCGGCCUGGCUGCAUCAGAUCCGACCAGCAUUGAGAGAGACAGAGAGAGGAAUGAAAUUCAGGCUGCUGCAGACCUAAUUCAAUUUCAGAUGCGUCACGGCAACGAUUUACUCACCAUGGAUGCUAUUCAGGAUUGCGACGUUAACUUGAAGGAGCAGGGGCAGCUGAUCCGCCAAGAUGAAUUCACAGUUUUCUUUCGGAAGAAAAAAUGUGUCCGCAGAGUCUUCCUCUUUGAACAUUUGAUUCUGUUCAGCAAGCCCAAGAGAACAGAUUUUGGAAAUGAUGUUUAUGUCUACAAACAAUCAUUUAAGACAAACGAUAUAGGAAUGACCCAUAAUUCUGGCGUGAGCGGUCUAUGCUUCGAGAUCUGGUUCCGCAGGAGAAAAAGUGAAGACACUUACACUCUGAAGGCCUCAAGCACUGAAGUGAAGAAAGCCUGGACCACUGACCUGGAGAGGAUUCUGUGGAACCAGGCUGCUCACAGUAGAGACUUGCGUUUGCAGGAGAGAGUGUUUAUGGGAACGGGUCGCAGUCCUUUUAUGGACAUUCAACCCAGUGAUGCUGCAAUUUGUGACCGAGCUGUCGGCUGUGUCCUGCCUGGGAGAAUCCCUGUGGCGUGUUGUUCACACAGGGGCUUAGAUUAUCCCCGCCCGCACUCCAUUGGCUCUGGCAGCACCGCCUCCACCACCCUCAGCCAAUCAUCAUCCUCCUCUGGCAGAGGCUCACUGCCCCCUACUGGUUAUCUUGGCAACCUGUCACUUGGAGCUGACACCAACCCAGGAGUUGGGUCAUCCCCUGAGGCUGUGACUGAAAAUGAACUCAACAGCCAUCAUCUUCUUCAGCAUCAUCCUCAUCCUGACUGUGAGCAGUGGAAAACUCACUGUCCUCUGAUUGACAGCACUGAUUCAUCUGGAGAAAGCAUGAAUCUGUACAGCAGCCCUGACCACAGCUGUCUGUCAGCUCUCAGUGCAGAGGUAGUGGACGACUCUUCGCCCAUGUCCCAGAGGUCAGAGCAGAAACUGAUAGUUGGUAGGGCCACCAGCCUGAGGAAAAACAGCUCGCCUGCAGUUACCAGAAAGAAGCCCGGAGUGCCCCCCAAACCUCCACAUCUAGCUAAACCUCAGGGGAAGCUGGGAAGAUCAACAGAAGUUUAACCGUUGAUUUUAAACAGAAGGUGAUCAGUCAACAACACUGUUGAGCCCUGCUGCAGACUCCGAACAGAAGAACAGAAGUAUUACAUGAAUGGAAACAUUUCUUCUCCAAGGCCAUUGUUUCUUAGCAAAAACACAAUUUUUAGUUAAUUUGUUUAAUUGAUUUUGGUUGUCCAAAACUGUAGAUAUCACAGUGGGGCCUUCUGUCAUGUACAGUUUGUACAGUUCUAUAUUUACAGGGAUCAAACAAGUUUAUUAAACUAUUGGAAGUCACCAGGACCAGCAUCCUUAUCCAAGGCUAACGUCCGGAGUGUUUAGUUCUUUUUUUCAGCAUCUAUCCACUGUCCAUGCCGAUUUAAAGAAUUAAAAGGUUGGAUUCAAAUAUGUGGACAUUUUACUGAUGCAAAACUAAAACUAUUUUACAGAUUUAUGUAAUUAAAUUCUUAUAAAAUAUACUAUAAAUGUUUCUACUCAUACAGAUUUAUAUUGGAAAAUUUUGUUUCUGUGGCGCCUUUACGUUUAUAAUGUAGAGUUUGUUCUAGCAUUAUUGUAAAGGCCUUUUUAUAAACGACUCAUCUAACGGGAGAGACCACUAGCCUGUGUGUUUGAAUUGUGCUUUUUUAUGCAGAAAAACACAUCCACACAUACACAUUAUCUUCAAAGAGGAAACUCAAACUACUGCAGAAAAAUUGACAACUGCAAGACUGCCUUCAAAACCCACCAGGGUCCAAAAAUCAUAUUAGUUUCAUUUCUUUUUUCUAGUUAUUUAUGUGGUUUUCAUAUUUAUUAAAACAUUGCUGUUAUAAAGAAACUUGCAAGGGUUGGAAUUUUAUUUUGCUGUUUGUGCAACAUUUACAUGUACAAAUUAUGACAGGUAUCUUACAUAAUUUUCAUAACCUUUCAUGUUUAUUUGACAGCUUUUGUGAUGGUGUCAGUCAAAAACCCCUUUUUGUUUGUUUUAUACCCCUUUCUUAAUUAUUUCUUAUAAACUUUGUUAAUUAUUCAGCGUAAAAUUUGAAUGUGAGGUUUCUUUGCACUGAAUUUAGUAAGUAUCAUUGCAAUAAAAUGAGGAUGUGAUACCAGA